UAUCAUUUUGCUGUAUAGAAAAACGAUGGAAACGGUCACUUUUAUGUGCUGUGGAUUGGGAAGAAGGGGAUGAACUGUCCCAUGGUUCUCUAUAUACCGUGUGUCAUUUAUACAGUGCAUUUCAUCAUGAAACAAUGAAAUUGAGUGGUUAAUUCAUGUGCACGCGCCUUGCUCAUUCUGCUGUUGCCAUGCUUUUUAGCAACAACUUGAACCUUAACUUGAUUUUGGUGAUAAGUUUCCCUGAAGAGGAUAUAUAGUUAAGUUGCUGCUAGUAGAAAUUAGCUGAAAUAGAUAACCGCAACUUUUGCAACUAUGGCUAUGGGAAAAGGAUUCAAGAUUUCCCAUAAACUUAAUCCACCAAAUGCCUAUAGUGUUCUUAUGGAGCAGAAAAGCAAGGCUGAGGCAGUGCUGUUUGAAUCACAGGCUGUAGCUUUGCUUGAGUCUGAAGAGGUUGAUGCCAUCAAGAAGCAGUACACAAAGCUGAUCGAUGCCUACGGAUGUCUGGGUGUUCUUCAGCUUAGCCUCAAUGACCAGUAUUGCCUGCUCUAUCUGGCGGUGGUCACCGGCUGCACGUCGGUGGGGAAGAUCUGCGGCAGUGAGGUGUUCAAAGUCACCCAGACUGCGCUCAUCUCGCUCCAGGGCACUCCAGGAGAUGAAGACAGAGUGACAGAGGUGAAGAAGAUUCUGAAUGCAGGCACUCUGUACUUCUCAUGGAGUGCCUCCGGAGAUCCCCUGGACCUGACACUAUGUGAACAGAGGAGGCGGAGAACAAGUGUCACAGACAACCGGUUCUUCUGGAACAAGCAGCUGCACCUGCACAUGCAGCGUUUCGGCGUCAGCUGCGACCAGUGGCUACUCAGAGUCACCUGUGGCUCGCUGGAGAUCCGCACCGUGUACGUGGGCGCCACGCAGGGCCGUGCCGCCAUCAUAUCUCGGCUGAGUGCCGAGCGGGCCGGCACCAGAUUCAACGUGCGGGGUACCAAUGACGACGGUCACGUGGCCAACUUUGUGGAGACUGAGCAGGUGAUCUAUAUGGACGACGAGGUGGCCUCCCACCUGCAGGUGCGCGGCUCGGUGCCGCUCUUCUGGGACCAGCCCGGCGUGCAGGUGGGCUCUCACAAGGUGCGGCUGACGCGCGGUGACCAGGCGUCCGCGCCCGCCUUUAACCGUCACCUGCGGCAGCUUAAGAGGCGCUACGGACAGCAGGUGAUACUGAACCUGCUCAGCUGCUCGCUGGUCGGCAGCCGCGGCGACGAAGCCAUGCUCAGUAACCUGUUCCAGGCGCACCACAAGGCGCUGCGGGAGCACGACGAUGUGCAGCACGUGCUGUUUGACUACCACGCCCAGGUGCGCGGCAACAACACCAAGGCGCUGGAGACUCUGAAGCGGAACCUGCAGCCUACGCUGCGACACCAGGGCUUCUUCUUCGCCAGGGGAGACGAGGUCUACAUCGACCAGUGCGGGACGGUGCGGACCAACUGCCUGGACUGCCUGGACCGGACCAACUGCGUGCAGACGCUGGUCGGACUCGAGGUACUGCUGGAGCAGCUGCGCUACCUGAACCUGCAGGAGAAGGCGUCCGUGGUGUCCCGCUUCCAGCAGAUCUUCCGCGACAUGUGGGUCAACAACGGCAACGAGAUCAGCAAGCUGUACGCGGGCACCGGCGCGCUCCAGGGCGGAUCCAAGCUGAUGGACGGCGCUCGGUCCGUGUCGCGUACCAUCCAGAACAACCUAUUGGACAGCAGCAAACAGGAGGCCAUCGACGUCAUCCUGCUGGGCAGCAGCAUGAACUCGGAGCUGGCCGACCGCGCCCGGCUCCUGCUGCCGCCCAACAUGCUCUAUGCUCAGGCGAACUUGCUCCGCGCCAUGUGCAUGUCCCAGGACGAGUACACCUCGCCGCGCACACUGAGAGUCUGCGUCGGCACGUACAAUGUGAACGGUGGCAAGCACUUCCGCAGCGUGGCCUACAAGAACCAGAACCUGGCCGAUUGGCUGCUGGACGCGCCGCGCAUCGCCCGUGGCCGAGAGCUGGUUGACGACAGUGAGGAGGAGCCGCCGGUGGACAUUUUCGCCGUCGGUUUUGAGGAGAUCGUAGACCUGAACGCCAGCAACAUCAUGGCUGCCAGCUCUGAGAACGCCCGUCUGUGGGGCGAGGAGCUGCAGAAGGUGGUCUCUCGGGACCGGCCGUACGUACCACUCACCUCUGUCCAGCUGGUUGGGGUGGCGCUGUUCGUCUUCAUACGACCCGAGCUGGCUGAACAUGUCCGAGACGUGGCCACCGAUACAGUGAAAACGGGCCUCGGCGGCGCCACUGGUAACAAGGGCGCCGCGGCGAUCCGCAUGGUGGUGUACAAUUCGUCACUGUGCUUCAUCUGCUCGCACUUCGCCGCCGGACAGAAGGAGGUGCUCGAGAGGAACGCCGACUACGCCGAGAUCAGCAAAAAGAUCUGCUUCCCCAUGAACCGCACCGUGUUCUCCCACGACCUGGUGUUCUGGUGCGGCGACUUCAACUACCGUAUCGACCUGCCGCGAGACGAGGUCAAGGAGCUGAUCGCGCGCCGAGACUGGGCCACUCUAUUGGAGGCUGAUCAGCUCAAGGUACAGCAGGCGGACGGCAAGUGUUUCCAGAACUUUCUCGAGGGUGACCUGGCGUUCCCGCCCACCUACAAGUACGACCUCUUCUCGGACGAUUACGACACGGGUGAAAAGUGCCGCUGUCCCGCCUGGACGGACCGGGUGCUGCUCUGGAAACGACGCAUCGCCAGCCAGGCAGCGGCGGCGGACUGGACGCCGGGUCGGGUGCUCCACUACGGGUGCGCCGGGCUGAAACAGUCCGACCACCGACCCGUGGUGGCGCUCCUAGAGGUCGAGGCGCGACAGGUGGACCCCGCGCGGCGCCACGCCACCUUCGAGCGGCUGGUGCAGCAGGCAGGACCGCCGGACGCCUCCGUCAUACUCACGUCUGACACCGAGGACCUGUACUCGCUCACCGAGCUGGAUAACUUCAUGGCCGAGCUGCUGGCACAGCUGACGUCAUUCGGUGACGUCAUACUGGUCCGCUUUGUCGGCGACACCAUGUGGGUGACGUUCAAGGAGGGCGGCUUCGCACUGGCCGCCUCCCACCAGGGCUCUGUCCAGGUGCAGGGUCACCGUAUAGCGAUCCGUCUGCGGACGCCCGACUGGACGGCCCAGGUCACUGAGGAGCUGCGACUCGGGGAGGACAAUACCCUGCCGCUGAGCGAGCACCAGGGCUCGCCGCCGCCCGGAUCGCCGCCCGCCUCGCCAGUCACAGAAACUGAAAUAGAGGUGCAGUCUGCGGCGGCGGUGUGGGCGGCGGCCUCCGCCAGCGGGGUCCUGAAGCCGCAGCGGCCGCCCCAGCCGACCCGGCCGCCCCCGCCAGCCUACGCGGCCACCCAGUCUGUUGCGCCGGAGCCGGUGAUCGAGGUCCGCCAGGAGGUGACGGUGGCCCGCGCCGCCCCGCCGCGGCCGGCCGCCGUACCGUCCCGCCCGCCGCCGCCGCCCCCGGUCGGCGCCCGGCCCGCCGCACAGCCCGUCCGACAGGAGGAACCUGAGAGGUCAGAGGGGCCCGACCCCGCCCCGCCGGCAGACCCCUGGGCCGAGUCUGAGAGCGCUGCUGUCCCCGCCGAGUCAGCCGACCCCGGUAAGCCGGCCGACCCGUGGGCGGCGGCCGGGCCGCUGGCUGACCCGUGGGGCUCGGCCGACCAGCCGACCCAGCCCACCUCGGCCGCCUCCAGCCCGUGGACGGCGGCCAGCUCCGUCAGCUGGGAGGAUGACGUGUUCUCCGGCAGUCAGACGCCGGCGGGGCCGUCCGUGCCGGCUGUGCCGCCCCCGGUACCCAGUAGGGACGCCGCUCCCCCGGCCGUACCGAGCAGGGAGGGCGCCCCGCCGGUGGUACCGGCCAGGGAGGGCGCUCCCCCGGCCGUGCCGGCGAGAGACGCCGCUCCGCGGGCGGGCCCGGCCCGGGAGACGGGCGCGCCUCCAACAAUCCCGGCCAGGGCCGGCGCGCCGCCCCCGAUCCCCAGCAGGGAGACGGCGCCGCGGCCGCCCGUCCCCAGCCGAGAGUCGGCUUCGGCGCCGCCCGUCCCCAGCCGCGCCGGCGCCCCGCCGCCCAUACCCAAACGGAACGGCUAG